GUGACAUUUGGAUCACCGUCACUGUGCCGCUGGGCUUACGGAUAAGGGUCCUGCUCUUAUAGCUAAGCCUAACCCUCCAGGGCAGCAGAAAACAUUUAAUUGUACCAGACUGUGAAGCAGCUACGAGUAUCAAACAUGGGGCACUAAAGCUAAGUUUCAGUUUUAUGAAAAUCUCGUCACUAGCGUGAAAGUCCGAGAAUAUCAUAUCUCAAGCUUGACAAAGCUAUGAUGGAGAUCAAAAGUUAUUAAGAGCAGAUUUAUAAGAAAUAUUCAAGAUUUCCACUCUCAUCAGUUAAAAGUAACCGACAAAAGUAAGAUUGUUCUCCAGUUAAUUGUUACGUUCUGGAGGUGACGUUAAAUGUUGUGAAAUCUGAUAUCGACUGACUUAGUGAAGUAAUAGAGCAACCGUCAUGCUCACGGUGUCGAGUUUGGAAGAGACGACAAAUAGGAUGGCGGCAGUGUGUGCUGGCUGCGGCGGGACGAUCGCGGACCGCUACUACCUACUGGCUGUAGACCGACAAUGGCAUGUGCGUUGUCUCAAGUGUUGUGAAUGUAAACUUACCUUGGACUCCGAGCUAACGUGUUUCUCUCGGGAUGGCAAUAUCUACUGCAGAGAAGACUACUACAGGAUGUUUUCUGUGAAAUUGUGUGCAAGAUGUCAUUUAGUAAUCGCAUCAAACGAGCUGGUAAUGUGUGCACGUGAGUUUGUCUACCACCUCCACUGCUUCACUUGUGCCACUUGUAAUAAGUCCUUCACUAAAGGGGAGUAUUUUGGUCUGAAAGAUAACAUUAUUUAUUGUCGACUCCAUUACGAGCUGUUGAUACACUACACGCUUCCAUAUAGUUUUUCUGGUAAUGAAAUAAGUCCCGUCACUAGAUUUCAACCUGGUUCCAACCAAACUGUUUACGAAAACGUAGCCCUUGACAAUAAUCUUUGUCCCUCCAACAGUGAAGAAUUAAGCCUAUCUCGUCACAUGACAAUCCCAGAAUCCUUAGUAGCCACGCAUGUCCCGAUUAAAGGAAAAACAAAGAAGCGAAAAGGAAGCAAUCCAGUCACAAACAGAGGAUCAACAACUAACAUUGAUGUUGGAGGGAUGUGUGGAAUGGUCAAUUUACGAGACAGACCGUUAGGGGAAUUUCAACAUAACACAACGCCACCUUUUUCACCAAGCAAGAAUAUAUCCAAAACAAGACCGAAGCGAAUGCGCACUUCCUUUAAACACCAUCAAAUGCGCACUAUGAAAUCUUAUUUUGCCAUCAAUCAUAAUCCAGAUGCUAAGGAUUUAAAGCAACUGUCUCAAAAAACAGGACUUAACAAGAGGGUACUACAAGUUUGGUUCCAAAACGCUCGAGCCAAAUGGAGGAGAAACAUUCUACACCAACACACCCAAGGACCGAAAGUUGUCGAAGAAUCACAACCAUUGGUGGAAAUGACGGCAGAAGAGACUUUACUCAACGCUCUGUGAACCUUCCUAAAGCACACUCCGCACUUUUCACCAAAGAGGAACAGGGCGCUUCAACAUAUUCAGCCUUGUUCAAAGAGUGUCGGGAUAAAUUUAGUGACAUUACGAAGUCAGAAUAAUGAACUCGUUUAGGUUAUACUUUUGUUUGACCCUUUUUUAGAACCGUGUGAGACGAUAGAGGGUUAAUCCCAUAGGAAUAAAACAACGAUCGACGAGUAAUAUAAACGAUACUGAAACCUAAUGUCCACGUGUAUUAAGGCUGUAUAUUUUCCCUAGCUACUGACUUAAGAGUAGAGAGAGAAGUAUUAACGUCUAUC